UAGCUCUAAAAAGAACAGACCUAUGGUCAAAAGCGCUAUCUGUGAAGAAGAGAUGUAGCACGGACUCAACAAACAAAAAAUCAAGUAAAUAAUCUUGUGCCAGAGGGAGAUCCUGUCUGUGCAGUGCACAGCUAUAUUUUUCGGAUCGAGAUGGUAAUCACGAUCUAUUUCGAUUGAUAAAUUUUCCAUAAGAAAGUCUAGCUUCUAUUGAAAAUUUGUAUGACAAAUUCGAUUUUAUUGUCAAAUUUUGUACAAGAAAACUUGUUGUAAAUGAUUUCUCAAUCUAGACAUCCAUCCAAUUAAUUUUCCGCAAUGAGUGUAUUUGCGCAAAGGUUAACUCUUAUGCGGUGCACUUGCCGGAUGAUAAGGUUAUAUUAUCAAAAAAACUAUCCAUGUGUAAUCGACUCGUUUUCGAAGCGUAAGCUCAGCAAUUUAAUGUGGCCACGUACUUAUCAUGUGGCAUUUACGAAGCUCAAUUCGCAUUGGAAUCGAGAGUUUGCUGUACUCGCUACCGACAAUCAGCACGUCGUCGAUAAUGAGACAAAGAACUUGUUAGUUGAUUCACAAGAAAAGAUGAGAGAGAACGAUUAUGCUCGCAAAUUGUUUCUGAACUCAACCCAUUACAAGAAUACCGUAAUGCAACAAAAUACAACAUACGCUCAUAUCACCAACGAGGAGGCACUGGAGAUUCUGGAACAGAAGUGCAACUUAAUAACACAAGAUCAGAUCUUGAUGAUUGUUAAGAAAUUAUCAUAUAAUAUUUUGUACAGCAAAGAAAGCAUUGAUCCAGCCAAAUAUGAAAAUAUCUUCAAUAUGCUGCUCUCAAAUUAUCAAAAGUUAAGUAAUGAUGAUCUACUGACACUGAUAAAGCAUCUGGUGCCACUUAGAGAACUUUUACAGAAAUUUAGAUUCUAUCAAACUCUUUGCGAUUACCUGGAUAAAGAAUGUAUACAGCGCUUCUCAAACUUACCUAUCAAUGAAACACUGUUACUCUGCGACACAAUGUAUCUGGCAAUGUAUACACCUUGGAAAAAUCAGUACAUAUGGUAUUCUAUGAAGAAAAUAGGUGCCAAACCACACAGACUAAGUCCUCACGAAUUGGUGCAGGUUUUGUUCUUUUUGAAUAUAUGUCGAAAACCACCCAUAAAUAUGUAUGAGUUUGAAUAUUGUUUAGAACAAUAUAUGGAUGAUUUAUCAAUUAACGAAUUAGGUGUAGCAUCGUUAGGAUUCUUCAAAACUGGCACACCAUUCAGAAGCGGCGAGUUCUUACAUCGUAUAAUUAAAAAAAUUAUUGCCGAAGUAGAUGUUGUGGAUAGUGUUAGUAUAGGAGCUCUCUUAAAACAGAUGAGAUUUAGUAUGCAAUUAACACAGAUUCCUACACUUCAAGAGUUAUUGAAAGUUCUAGCGCCACAUACAUCGCGGUUUACACUGAUGUCCCUGAUUCAUAUUGCACAUGCGUGUGCAAAAGUUGCCUUAUACGAUAAGGAGAUCAUAGAUAAAAUAAUCGAACGAUUCAAUAGCGAGUUAAAAACCGCAAGAUUAAAAGACAUAGAGAGACUCAUCUUUGUUUUCUCUUGUCUUAACAUUGACCCAAAUAACAGUAUUUAUAAAAACGUAAUUGAAGAACUGAGGACUACGUGGGACACAAGUCGAGCAAGCGAGAUAUCAAAGUUUCCAUAUGUAGCUUCACGUCUUCUUGGAUUUUUGGCGGUACUGGGUAUUUAUCCUACGGAUCUAAUCAAGCAUGUUAUGUCACCUGAAUAUAUUCAUGCAUCCAGCAAAGGAAACUAUCACGUUCUCUCACGCGAAUACUGUGUACUUGAUUACGGCCUUAAGGUGGAAGUGCCCGAGUACGACGGUCCGUUUCUUAAACCUUCUUUACUCACAUUUUUAGAGAGGAAACAUUUCCAGUAUAGUUCCAAGUCUUCUACAGAAAAAAGUCGUUCGAAUGUGCUUCUCACAAGUGUGUUGGAAACAUGUAAGGAAUUGUUCAAUACAAUGUCGAAUAUAUCGGUCAUUCGACCGUUGCCUCAUUACUUGCUGCCGGACAUUGUCUUCUGUCUGGACAAACAAAAUCAGCUCGUACCAACGAGCGAAUUUCUGUCGCAAUUUGCUCCGAGCGAUAUUAAACGCGUAGACCAAGAGGAAUGGAAUGACGUCAGGUGGAUCGCCCUUGUCAUAGGUCAUCCUCUUCUUCUGUUGAGACAAAGUAACUUACCGACUGGACCUUUAGCGGCGAAAAUAAGACAGUUGUCCAAAAUUGGAUACACGCCACUUUUAAUAACGCACGAUAAUUGGGUCGAAUGUAGAUCGAUAGAAGAGAAGUGUAAUUACAUUAAAUACUUUGUAUUUAAGAAUGAUGUAUCAGAACAGUCUAGCAGAUAAUAUCGUACGAAUUUUGAUAAUGUAUAUCUCGACUUGUAACCAUGAUAUAAGAAAGAACGAGAAAGAGAAAACCUUCUUAAUUUUUUAAAUUUAUUUUUACGGCUUCAAUCAAUUCGGUCAAUUUAGACCUGUUCUAAAAAUUUAUAAAACUUUUAUAUUAAUUACAGAUUUUAUAAUUGUUUUUAAGCUCACGCGCGUUAUGGUUUGCUGUGUGUGCGCGCGC